AGAGAGAGUCGACUGCGAAGAUGGUUCAGUGUCUCGUGUAUCGCUCGCGUCACAGCUACCCCACCAAGUCCAACCAGCACAGGAUCGUCAAAACCCCUGGAGGUAAGCUAGUGUACCAGACCACUAAGAAGAGGGCAAGCGGGCCCAAGUGUCCUGUUACUGGCAAGAGGAUUCAAGGGAUCCCUCAUUUGAGCCCUGCUGAAUACAAGAGGUCUAGGCUGUCUAGGAAUCGGAGGACUGUUAAUCGUGCCUAUGGAGGAGUAUUGUCUGGAGCUGCCGUCAAGGAGAGGAUUAUCCGCGCCUUUUUGGUUGAAGAACAAAAGAUUGUGAAAAAGGUGUUGAAGAUUUAGAAGGCUAAGGAAAAGCUAUCUGCCAAGCACUGAGCUUGAAUGAAGAGUCUAGUGAGUUUUAAGUAGCUUCUAGAGUGAUUUUGGCUAUUAUUAGUGGGCUAUGGAAAGUAGUU